AUGGAUUAAUUUCUUAACGAAUUUGAACAAUAUUGUAGAAAUAUAGGCAUUCUAGAGUAGGAAUCGAAUUUUGAAGAAAGGGCAGAUGAACUAGGCUAAAUCUUAUUCAAGCACAUCCUGAAACUAAAUAAGGAAUCACUAAUGUAAUUGUCCAAUCGAAUUGCAAAAUAAUGGUUGGAUCAGCAGACUUCAAAGACUGCUCAACCGAACAGUGCAUAAUAAAAUACAAAGAGAAGCAAGCAUAGUUAAUCAACACCAUAAGAAUCUAUGAAAAGUAUUAUAAAUAGCAAUAUUUAAUCAACAAAUUAUUUAUAUGAUCAAUAUAUAUAAAAAGAGGAAAACAAAAUUCUAAAAUCUCAAAAGAUUAUUGAAGAAUAAUUGAAAGAAUGCACAUUUUAACCUUAAAUCCUAAAAAAGAGUCAACAACUUGAUACCAACAUUCCAGUACAUGAUAGAUUAGCCAAAUUUGGAACCGAUUAAAAACUGAAAUAAUAAAUUAGCUCAGAAAUUAAAGAUAAAAAUGAUCUAAAAUAAUGUACAUUUAGACCUCAAGUCAAUAAUAAAGGCUCUAAGGUUUUGGAAGGUGAUCCAUUCUCGAGGCUCUAUUUAAAUGCAUUAUCAUAACGAUUAUCCAAGCCUCAGAGUCAAGAAAAGGUCUAUUCACAUAAACCAUAACUAAUCAGUCAGCCACCCCAAUAAUAAUUAGGCUACUUGACUGUGCCAGUAGAAUAACGCUUAUAUAAUAACUUCUUUGAUCAAUAGUAAUCUCUUGUGUAGCAAUAAGAAGUGGAGAAAUUAGCUGAACUUGAAGAAUGCACAUUUACACCGAUGAUAAACCAAUAUGCUUCAAUCUCAAAUGGAGUUGAAAAUAAAUCGAAGGUGUUUGAAAGACUUUACAACAAAUCUGCAACUCUAAAAUCAAAUUCAGAGAUGAAAGAUCAGACUCAAACUCUAAAUCGAUUUUCCAGUAGUAAAUAAUCAGAAUAGAUCAUAAGAAAUGCCAGUUUUGAUAAAUCUAAAUAUGUAUCUUAGUUUUAGAUUGAAUAAUCUCCAUAUGAUAGAUUACAUGAAGAAUAUAAAAGAAUUUAGAAGAAGAAAAAGAUAAUUGAAAAUUAAGUUUUCUCUAGUAUUCCAUUUAAACCUAAAAUUAAUAAAAAAUGA